UCUCAGGCACGACUGAGCGAAGCUUUCACUUUCGCUUUUUCCCAGUGUGUCAGCGGAGGCGACAUGUUUUAGUCUGAAGUGAUGUUCUCACAAUGUAAGAACGUCGACAGGACACACGACUUCAGGAGAUUUCAGGUUGGUUGCGGUCACAUUCAACGUGUAGCGAGAAAGACAGCGAGUAGUUGACGUGAGACGGACUGGCGAACGGGAGAAAAAGCUGGCUGACGUGAGGCGACCCGGCUAUGGCUCAGUGGAUCGCAGGACGUCGACCUUUGAUUCAGCCACGACUCACUUCUGCAUGAAUAGAAGCCAUGGAGAUACUGUGCGACGGCUGGAGCCUGCUAUAGAAUGGUCCAGCACAAUGAGCCUGACCAUGCAGCUGCGCCAAAGGGUCCACCCAAGCCAACUGAGGUCCCCCCUGCACCUCCUGCCCCGCCGACACACUUUCAUCCCUUCCGCCACGCGCAGGACCGCUCCCUCAUCACCCAGGCCAUCCACUUCUUGGAGAACAGUGGAUUUUACUGGGGACCGAUGGACGUGGACGAGGCCCACAUGCAGCUGGCCGGCCUGCCGGUCGGGACGUUCCUGAUCCGGGACAGCACACAGACGGACGUUUUCUUCACCCUCAGCUACCGGGCCGCGGAUGGACCCACCAGUGUACGGGUGCUGCUGAAAAACGGAGCCUUCAGUUUGGAUGGGAGCAAACACACCUUCCCUUGCCUCUUUGCCCUGCUGGAAUUUUAUAUCUCAUCCCCUAAGAGGAGUCUGAAAAGGCCCUAUCGUGGAGCUGCACCCCAGACCCUUCAGGCGCUGUCCAGGAGGGCCGUGGUACGGACAUUUGGCAGGGAGAGCAUUGAAGGGCUCCCUGUAAGUGUUGGCCUCAAAGAAUUUCUGAACUUAUAUCCUUUCGCGACAUAAAGGGUGUGUACCUGCACAUGUGCACCAUGUGUGUUUAUACAAAGAUGUUCUGAUUUUAGAGCAGCUAUUCAGACCCUGCCUGCAGGGAUAGCUCUUUGUGAAUUCUGUGUUUGUGUGUAUGUUCAAGGAUUUAUCAGUACUGUUACCAUCAAGUGCACUACUACAGGAUUUCAUCCUUAUUUCAUCCGCCUGCUGUGCAGACAGUGUUUCAUUUCAGAUAAUGUCCUGUAAAGAAACAUAGGAAAUGUCACAACAACGCUUUUGUUUUGUUUUGCAACGGUAAAUUUACAGAUCAGUACAAACUUCAAGAUUCUGGUACACAUAAUUUAUAUAUAAGUAAAUAAUAGAUUGUUAGGUUUCAAGCAGUGUUUUAAGCCAACACAGCAACUUCAUCGUCAGUUAGACCUAAUAAACAUGAAUAGUCCAAUCAUAACAGCUGUAGCUUAUUUCACUGGUCAAAGUAGCAUGCGGUUCUCAAUUGCAUUAAUUUUUUUUUGACUACCAAAAGGAUGUAAAGUAAAAUAAGUUAAAGCUCUCAUAUUUAUCAGAUAAUCUGAUAAAUAAGAUGCUUUUUAACUUUUUUUUUGUACUUCAAGUUAACAUUAUUUGCUAGGUAUUGUCUGUUUUGUCAUAUGUUGGUAAAACUAUUAAAGCAAUGCAAAAACUAUCUAAGCCUACCUUCCCAAAUUUGUUCCCACCCCUUUCAUGCAAUAAAUCAUCUGAUCACUGGCGCAUUUAGGAGAAACAGAAACAGAAACUGGUUCUUCUUCAGAAUUUCUGACGUGUAUGACAUCCUGGUAUGUUGAUCUGUCUUCUUACUGUUUCCUUGAAUCCCGGGAAAGGCAGGCAGUUAUGCUGAAAAGACAAAAGCCUCAGUGGGGUUUUAUUUGAGUGGUCUGCCAAAGUUUCCCACUUCUGCCACAAACUUAAGACUAUGGCUGAAGUUACUUGUUUCGUGGUGGGUGAGCAGCCCCAUCUAGUGGACCAGUUUGGACAAACUCCAGUUGGAUCUUCUUUAACAGCACCCAGCUUUAACUCUCGUGUCAAGACACUUGUUUGUCGUAAAAUAAGACAUGAUAAAGUGAAAUAACUUGAAGAUAGUUUUGUGAAACGAGAAAGUGUCCUGCAGCUUAUAGCUUUAGAAAGAUCUAGAGGUCUGUACAUGCCUUAAUUCUCCAACUGUGAAAUAUACGCUGCUGUAGCAGGCCGUAGGUCAUGUCAGGUACUUGAUUGUGGCAGUAAAAUAAAUAACAAUAAAUAUAACAUUGUGAUAGUUGUAUUGAUUGAAAAGAAAACUUCCUAAAUUAGUCCAGAUCAUUUAAAAAAGAUUACAAAAUAAACUUCACCACUAGAAUCACUAGAGGUGGCCUAACUUGUGUGGCCUCCAUCACAAGUUUGGUAGUUUUAAAGGCCCCAUAUUCUCAUAUUUUUCUUUUUUUUUUCUACCGAGAUCCAGUUAUUAUGUUUGUGUGGUAGCAAAAAUACCCUUAAUUCAUUUUUUAUGCAACCAUAUUCCAAGCUCUUUUUACGCCUUAGAACCGAACAGACUGUUUUUGUUACCGUGUCAUUACGACUGAUGUAUGUAAAUGAUCUCUAUUCCAAUUGGCUGCCUUGUAGUGUGUCACAGUCUGGGUUGAAACACUCUGAGCUAAACUGCUGUUGGCUGAUUUGAUGGUUUGCGUGACAUCAAAAAAGAAACUGCCUGUUUUUGGUUUUGUAUAUAGACUGUAUGGACUGAAGAGUGAAUAGUUCUCUGUGAAACUUCAACACUGUUUACAAAUUACAUUAAACUCUUUUAUG